AUGACCACUCACGAUAUCCCAGCUGAUUUUCCUCCCUACGAAGCUCACUACUACGCGUCUACUAAUGAGUCAUCCAACCAGACGGCCGUUCUUAGCAGCGCUGAAAAGGUCCUUCAUGGCGCGACGGCGGUGGAUAACUGGCGGACGGUGAUACAGCAGAAAGCGCCUUCGCCUAGUAAAGAAGCCACACGUGCAUAUAUGCUCUUACUUGCUCCGCCUUACAUCUCAGGGACUAGGACACGGCCAGAACUUCGCCACUGGGGAGCAGCUCCUGACCCAGAAGCUGACGAAAUAUUCAGUUUGCAAGAGCUGGAAGAGUUCGAGAGUAGCGACUUCAGUUACCUUGACCGUGUACCUGUCUCGAAGAGGAUGUCUCGUAGCAGCACGCCCGAUCCUAGUCCCAAGAGGAGGAAGCUGUAUACGGCACCUUUGUACGAUCUUCUGCCCAAGCCGCACGUCUUCGUGUCGCCCGUGACUUCCAAGAUCAAGAUGAAGGAUCUCAAGGCAUACAACAGGAGAAAACCCAUCAUACUCGAUCCCGACGUCCAGCUGUCAGCUCCUUUCUCUCGCAACACGUGGAUUAUCCCCAUUCGCGGCAAACUAAGUUGGGAUGAGUGUUCUUCUGCUGCGCUUUUCGACCCUUCGAACGAAUCUGCUAUUCCGUUUCCGCCAACGCCCACUGACAAUGAAAUCCUCUGGACGCGCGACGCGAUAUCGCAGUUCUGGCAGUUUCUCAUCUACUUCCGCCAAAAGGGUCGCCUUGGACCGAUUGGGUUGUCUUUCCAGGUCAGCUCGGUGCAACCUAUUAGUGGCAGUGCCAGCAGCGGUAGCGCAACAGCUCAUAACGACAUAUCGUCUCUCGACCAUGUCAGGAUCCACCACGACGGCCAGCUCUCUAUGCACGUCCGCAACAUUCUACAUCUUUGGGCCUACCGCGCAAAUGAGGGCGACUCAGGCAUCCGCAUGCUCCGCGGCGCACGGUUACUGCUUGUCAAUCACAAAGGCAAAGCACUCCUCAUCUCCUGA